CGGGUUUCGGACUUCAGUGCGAGAGACGGCGAACACUGCCGCCGAUUCACCUGCACUCCGGGAGGAGGGACAGACAUCCAGCAGCCGGCCAGCACCCGAGCUGGACGCUGUGGCGGAACUAAAGCGGACGGAGACAGGAAAGGAGGAGGUUUUUGAACCUUACUCUGGAAAAAAAACCCAAAGAGUUGAGAUGAAAGUCCAAUAACACAACCUCAGAAACUUCUUCUUCCACUUUGACGACCUGUCUCUUAACACACCUCGGAGACAAGGCAGCCCGACUUCAACCGAGGCGCGAGGUUUUCAAACCAACUCAACUAUCCAACUAUCACACCUGGAGGAAUUUCGACUCUUCACAUCCGCAAACAACCGGCCGCAAUGUACCGCUCAACCAAAGGAGCAUCCAAGGCUCGACGGGACCAGAUCAACGCCGAGAUCCGGCACCUGAAGGACUUGUUGCCAAUUUCCGAUGCUGAUAAAGCUCGGCUGUCAUACCUGCACAUCAUGUCUCUUGCCUGCAUGUACACCAGGAAAUCCGUCUUCUUCAAUCAAGGUAAGAAAUGGAUGAAAACGACCUGUUGAUAUGAGCUGCUGCAGUCAGACUCUUAAUAGUGGUGGAAUCAACAAGUGUUUUAAUGACACUGCAGGCAUUGAUAGAGAUAUAAAUCUGAAUUUGAUAUGAUUAUGAAGGUAUCAAAGCUGUAAAAACCAGUAUAACCGCAGUUUGUCUCUGUCCAUGGUGCUGAAACGCUUUAACGCGAUGAAAGCAGCAGUAUCGCUGUCCAUGGUGCUGAAACACACUGCGGACACUGCUAUACUCUCAAGGCGCUCAUGAUCAUUUGUGCUCUCUCUUUAAUGACAAUAACGUCAAAUAACCAGUUUGGCUUCGUGUUUCUAGAGGCGGGAAGUGCUGCUGGUGUGGAGGAGAGCGCGGGGUUCCUGUCUUUCCACGAGCUGUCCGAGUUGAUGCAGGCGCUCCCGGGCUUUCUGAUGCUGCUGACGGGGGAAGGGAAGCUUCUGUACCUGUCAGACAGCGUCUCUGAGCACCUCGGACACUCUAUGGUGAGUAGAGACGGAUCAGAUUGACCGAUAAUGAUAGAAAUAUUAACGAUCUGCUCGGGGCUUUAUGGAUAACAUCUCUGUAAUGGUUUUUCAGGUGGAUCUUGUGGCACAAGGAGACAGCGUGUAUGAUAUUAUCGACGCCUCAGACCACUACAUCAUGAGGACCAACCUGUCAGCCUCCACCUCUCUUGAAAUGGGUAAGACGAAUUUUACAAAUUUCAACCACAAGUUUGAUAAUUGUUUUCCCUCCAAAAUGCAGAUGUAUUAAAAAAAAUCCUCUAUUUUUCUACAGAUCGUCUCUUCCGUUGCCGUUUCAACACCUCUAAGUCCGUGAGGAGGCAGAGUGCUGGGAACAAGCUGGUCCUGAUCCGAGCCCGCUGCCUCUCUCCUCCCUCCACCUCUCCUUCCACCAUCUCCUACUGGACCUCCAACCCGGUCUGGGUGUGCUUCUGCUCCCCUCUUGAGCCCCACCCGACCCGCUCUGGUCCUGGGGCAGAGAGGGAGUCAACCUUCAGCCCACCUUUAGCUGAAACCAACCUGUUCCUCGCCUGUUUCUACUCCCAGCACAACCGGGACAUGAGACUGCAGACAGUGCAGGAGAGGUGAGUUUAAGAUCAACCCCACCUGUUGCUUUGGUGUGAUGUAACUUAAUGGGUGAAGCAUUAUCCCUCUAACACGUCUCCACCCACUCUCUCCCUGCAGUGUGAGCGCAUAUCUCGGCUUUGAUGUGACAGCUUUACGCUCUCGCUCCUGGUACAGCCUCCUCCACCCACAGGAUCUGUCACAUGCCUCCGCUCAGCACCGCAGCCUAUGUAAGUGUACUCUUCACACAUAGAGUUACUACCAUCCAAGCCCACACACUUACACACACAUUGUGCCCACUAACACGUCCACACAGUAACAUAACAGUGUGAUGACUAAUAAGCAGAAGCUGAUGCCAACUUGUUCUGUGACUGUUUCUCCACAGUGAGAGAGGGAGGGGAGGGCAGAGCGGAGAUGGUGGUGCGUGUGCAGGCUCAGGAUCAGUCGUGGGUUUGGAUCUACAUGGUGCUUCAGCUGCAGCCUGGAGAAAUCCCCAUCAGCAGCAACAACUAUGUCAUCAGGUAUGAACUGCUUUUUCUUAAAUUACACCCCCGGCAUUAGAUUAAAACCUGCAAAGAGAGGAUUCUAACUUUUUGUUUUUAUCUCUUCCUUCUCUCUUAGUGAGUCAGAGGCCUGGUCAGUGCGGCAGCAGCUGAGCUCAGAGCAGACACAGCUGACCCUUGUCCUGACUGCUGGGACGUCACAACAGGAGGGUCUGAGCCUCCAAUCUCCUGAGACUCUGUCCAGCCCAGAUCAGGUGUUCACCCCCGGCAGCAGCGGCCUCUCCGCUCAAUCCUUCGACUUCAGCACUGCCGGCUGCAGCGUGGGCUCCUCCGAUGAACCACGGAGCUCCUCUGCUGAAGCCAUGCAGCUGGAAGGAGAUCCCCGCUCCAGCAUCUCCUCUCUGGAGGAGGAGAGUUUCUUUCAGCAGCACCCGACAGAAAACCCCUCCGCUGCCUCCUCCCCCACUCCGGUCACGGUUGAGACAGUAGCAGAUUUAGACUUUUUAACCCAGAACAUCCUCCUUCCACCCUCCUUCCAGCUUGACCCUCCCCUGCCAGUUCUCCCCCUGCCCCUCCCCCCAGUCCCCACCUCACAGGCUCAGCAGAGCAAAGAGUUUGUGUGCACACCCCCGUACACCCCCCAGGUGGGAGGACCAGCCUUCCCCUUUGGCGAACCGCUCUUCAGCUUUGACCCAACCGGCACCACCACUCCUCCUCCCUCUGCUACGACAGCCAGCGCCACCACCUCAAUGGCCCCUUCAACUUCCCCCUCAGCUCCUCCAACCACUGCCACCAGCCCAGCUCCCCCCACCACCCUGUCCACCAAACUCCCACUCUCUCUCCCUACUGCCACUGACUUCUUGUUCCCCAUCGAGCCUUGCAGCGGCUCCCUGUAUGAGAAACUGCCCCCAACCCCAGACAGCCCCGGAGAUGGUGACUGCACAGUGAUGACCCUACCUGAGGUUCGGGGUCCUCUCUAUGUAGAUGUACCACUUGGGCCCCUCCAGUGUCCCCCCGAGGGCCUCCUCACUCCCGAGGCCUCCCCUGGUAAACAGCCCUGCCUCUCCUUCUUCUCCCUGGAGAGAGAGCGGGAGAAAGAGCGGGCAGAGAUCUCACUUCUUGCUCAGCACAUAAGCUCUUUGGCAGAAGGAUUUUACCUGGAUCCCCUUCUGUCCAAACUCUCUCCUCCCUCCAUGUCCCCCUCCUCCUCCCCUCCUUCCCCCUUCCUGUCUCCCCCCACAGACACCACAGAUGUUGAUUCAGUCCAAAUGCUCAGGGAGUUUUAUCCCAUCAAAGCAUGGAGAGGUCUGGACUUUCCCAUCUUCCUCGAUGAUGAUGCCUCUCUGUUUGAAGAGAGCAUCCUAGAAACCAUCCUCCAAGACGACUUCGCUCCUCCUCAGCCCGCCAGUCUCUCCUCUCCGUCCCCCUCCUCUUCCCCGCUACCCAAUCCUUCAAGCCCGACCUCUCCUCAGACCCCCGUGUGCUGGCACCAACCCUCCCAGUUUGAGGGAGUGGGCCACUUCUGUAGCGUCCAAUCGGCGCGUUGUAACUCCACGGUGGGGUGCUUGGCGACUGUGGCUGCUGAGGCCGGGGCCAUGGCGGACGGAGAGGGGCUAGCGGAGGAAGCAAUGGAGGUCGAGGUGGUGUCAUCUCCUGUGUCCUCCUGCUCCUCCAUCCCAGCUUCCCCUCCCCUCAUGCUCACCGCCUCCCCUGGCCCUGCCACCUCCUCGCCCAUCGUCUCGCCCUCGUCCGCUGUGUCUUGCACUCAGUCCCUCCUGGAGGAACUGGCCGUCCUGGAACCCAUGUUUGGGGCAGGUGCCUCGAUCGCCCCUGGCUUAGGGCAACAACCUGAGUUGUAUCAACUCCAAUGUCAUCCAUCGCCACAGUGCUUCCACAAAGGUGAGAAUCGGUCUUUCGUCUCUCUUUUCAACCUCGCUCCUCUAAAAUAAGACAAAAAUAUUUCUGAAAACAAACCGCUGACUUUCUCUUUCUCUCUUUGUCCCUUUUUUGUCUUUCAGAUGGGAGUGGAAGUGUUCCUCCGUUCUAAAAUAAGUCUGUGACUUACUUCAUUAAGUAUGGCAUAUUGUCAUAUUUUGUGGAGCCCCUUUUACUGAAAAGUAAAAAAUAAUUAAGUGUAUAAAUAUACAUAAUGUAUAUACAACUUAAGGACUUAAACUCCUACAUGUCUCCUCAGAACAAAGAUUGGCUCUCUAUUUUUGUUCAGUCAUUAAUCUGUAAACUUCUACAAAUCUGGUGCAACAUUAACAUGAUGGUGCAACCACCUGGACCCAUAACUGACUGGGUUUUGGGUCCAUGUGGUGUCUUUCAGCUUCUCUGUAACAUGAGCUUCAGAUAUGAUCAGACAGAGAAACUUCUCUGAACUUGUUAUGCGCUGUUUUACUUCCAGACGCGCAUUCGUAUUCACUCGUAGUGAAAAAUCUGUUGUGAACAAAAAAUCUUGCUAUUUCAAUAAGGAGAUGACUUAUAGCACUUUUGCCUGUAAUGCAGCAACGCAAACCCAAACCUCAAACGUAUUGAAAGUCAAAUGUUUACAAUUUUUAUACAUCCUUAGGAUGAGCACUAUCUAUUCUUCAAAUUUAAAGAGUUUUCCUGCGAAGGAGCAGCCGCAGCUCCGGUUUAAAAGCACCUUUUUUUCCUUAUAGCCUUCAAGGCGACUUCAAAACUCAGAAAUAGAAUUCAACUUCAAACCUGCGAUACUUUGAGCUUUGAGUUUGCUGCUUCAAACCUUUAACUUUUCAUAUUUAUCUCUCCAUCUAAAAUCUUUGUGUAUCAAUGUGAUGUGCAAACAAAAAAGAGAACAUGUGAAGAGAUCACGGCAUGUGAAGAUCUCCAGAAUGUUAAAGGUGUGUGUUGCUUUUACGAGAUGUUACACCAAGCUAAGAGAUCGUCUGGAAGUUUACCGCAGCUCUGAUCAUGCCACAAACACACUGCUUUCGUCGUACUGUACAUUAGACUCUGAAUGUGGGCUCUUCAGGUCCUUCUUGGUCUUGGGGACAGUCAGCUGGAUACUGUUGCAGCAUCAAUAUUUGCAAUGCUGGCAGCUUAUAGCGGCUCCUGCCUGAAAUGGCCCUGACCUGCUGAACUCUGAACUCUUUCUCCUGUCCAUCACACGUGGACUUUUACAUCGUUGCUCCCCUGGAGCGCGGUGAAGCGAGGCACAAUUGACUAUGUGAAUGAGCGAUUCUUCUUUUUUGAGAGGGGUUAGACUACACAAAGUUUUGUUUUAAAAAAUGAAAAUAGGGAUGGGGUGCUAUUUCUAUUCAGUUACCAAGCGACACGGGUUGAGAAUGGUACUAUUCCCAUGGUGUCGACAUGCUCACGUAGAGUUGUCUACGGUCAAGUAAAGGAUUGAUUCCUACGUUCUAGCUAUUCAAGGCUAAGUUAAUAUACAUGUGUAAAAUUACUAUAUCGUAUGUGUGAUAUUUGAAAAUGAUGUAAUUGCAUAUGCAUUAUGUCUGUGGGUACAGGCAUAUGAUCUUUUAAGAAAGGUUGUACACAUUUGUACAUUUGUAUGAAAUUGUUAUUGGUCUGUAUAUAUGAGAAAGAGAUUUUUAUUGCAUAAGAUGGAAUAUAUUCUAAACAUCUUACUUACUGCAGAAUGGACAUUGUGGACCAGUGUUCUAUUGUGUUGCUUAUAAGUGUAUUUGGUUGUCAUACAAAUGCAUUUAUAUUAAAGUGCACUUAAUGCGACUGA